AUGAAGCAAUGCUGGUUGUUACUGUUUCUUGCAUCUUCUAUUCAAGCAGGCCAUUUCGAUGGAGGCACAAUUCGAUGGGCACCAGUAAACAGGAGUGCUACGACAGCACCUAUUCAAGUGGUGAUUACUCAAACCUAUACAUACACAUUAUCAUUGGUCACCUGCUCUGUAGGCUCUCAGAUCGGAAGUACUACAUUCGGCUUUAAUUUCAGUUUGUGGUGCACCUACAAUUGUGGUCCGACGUCAGCAGGCUACGUUGCUCCACCUGUGCUUGGUUAUUGUACUGGAACGAGUCCAGGACUUAAUCUUGCUUUUUCUCAACGAUCAGAUAUUGUCAGCUUAGCUGCUAACGAUUAUUUUACCGUUUCACAUUCUAUACCCAAUACAUCAACUGCAGGCUUCUAUCGUCCAUUGACAUUGUCAACAGGCGGUACAAGUACAACAUCUCGAUGGAACAUUACAGCAUCGAUUGAUGUUCGUGUACGACCAGAUAAUGGACUGAUUAACACACCACCUUUAGCCAAUGUUAUGUCUCCACAAGGUAUUCCUUUAAAUAUACCUACCCAAAUUGUAAUUUCAACAUUUGAUAUCGAUGGUGAUAAUGUUCGAUGUCGAUGGAGUAAUUCAUCGCUUGAGUGCGGUAACGUUUGCUUUCCGACAACCAUUCCAUCAUCAACAAUAUUAUCAAGUAAUUGUACAUUGACAAUUACAGGUAAUGUGACGAACAGUUGGUAUUGUGCAUCGAUUCAAGUUGAAGAUUUUAUCGAUACAAAUUUAAUGGCGGUUGCCAUGAGUUCAGUUCCAGUUCAAUUUUUGAUCUAUGUCUAUCCUCCUCAAAAUUGUCCAGUACCAUCUUUAUCGAGUCCAUCGACAUGUAUUGGUGUUCAAGUUGGAGUUCCAUACACAGUCACAUUAGCAGCAGUGAAUAAUUGUGGAUCAACAUCGAAUAUUUCUGAUAUUGCUGUGCAAGCAUUUAGUGGAAUCGUCGAAGGACCGAUUAUUCAAUUGGAUCCACCAAAUGGUACAUCCUAUGAAAAGAAUAUUACCUAUACACCAUUGCUCAGUCAAUUGGGCCUUCAAAUAUUGUGUGCUACUGCUUUGGACAAUUCGAAUAUUCCAUCUGCUCAGUAUUGUAUUACAUGCAUUGUUGGUGAUACGUCGGUUCCAGCAUGUCCUGGAACAGCAACCACUGCGAGUCUGGCUGCUAAACGUCGUCACUAUCGAGAAGAACAAAGUAGAUGGAUUCAUAACACACAAGUCAAUGAUAUCUUCACUAGUGUACGUCCACCAGAAUCAUCCUCAGUAUAUAACAUUGACACCGAAUCAGCGCUGAGUCCUGCUCAGAAUCAUCGAGCAAAACAUCAUCAAACAAUGUUCAAGUCGAUGUUAUCGAUCAACAACACGAUUCUUCCAAUUCGAUCGAUUCGUUCAAGUUUGUCUGGACGAGGAAGAAACUCGAUGUUUCAAAGUCAUCGUCAUGAACAACGAACAUCAACGAGCAACUAUGAACGUUUACAACGACGUGCAUCAAUCUCAUCAAAUGAUUCUUUGACGGUAUGGGCACCAGUACAAAAGCCGAUCAGGACUGCAAUAAAUGUCAUUCGACUUCAUCGACUUAGUCAUACAGCAAUUUCAAACGAGAGUGAAAAUAUUGUUAAUCGAUCUGCAAUAACAAAUCAAUCUCAGCUUACUAGUGCGACGAAAGUAUCUCAAACAUCGAAAAGAAAUCCACAAAGAAUCAGCACUGUAAAUGUUUCUCGCGUACUUCGAACAUUGUUGAAAACGCCAAGACAUUUGAAAGAAUAA